AUGACUUCGCUUGGUGAUUUCAACGUAUUGACUGCCCUUGCCUUCUUGCUCGCAUUUGCAUUCCUUCGGUUGCAGCCCAUCAACGACAGGAAGUUUGUCAACUUAGACGGGAGAUCCUACUUGAAGUUUUUAAACUGGAUGCCGGCUGCUCUCAAGAUGCCCCAGGAUGAGCUCAUUAACCAUGCAGGCCUUGAUUCUGUGGUCUAUCUACGGAUAUACAUAACCGGGCUCAAGAUAUUUGUUCCAAUUACAGUUCUGGCUUUUCUUGUUCUGGUCCCAGUCAAUUGGACCAAUGAUACCCUAGGACACAACAAUGUAGUCUACAGUCCUAUCGACAAACUUUCAAUAUCCAAUGUACCUAAUGGGUCUAAGAGGUUUAUAGCUCACUUGGGCAUGGCUUAUGCCAUCACAUUUUGGACCUGCUAUGUACUGUUUAAGGAGUAUGAAAUUAUUUCGAAAAUGAGGUUGCGCUUUCUAGCUUCAGAGAAACGCCGACCAGACCAGUUCACCGUCCUUGUGCGGAAUAUACCACCAGAUCCUGAUGAAUCAAUCAGUGAGCUUGUGGAACAUUUCUUCCUUGUCAAUCAUCCCGAUCAUUAUCUAAGACACCAGGUGGUUUACAACGCAAAUAAACUUGCUGAUCUGGUUGAAAAGAAGAAGAUGCAAAACUGGCUUGAUUAUUACCGACUAAAGUAUGAGCGGAAUCCAUCAGAGAGGCCCACCACAAAGACUGGCUUUCUUGGAUGUUUUGGUUCCAAGGUGGAUGCUAUUGACUAUUACAAAUCAGAGAUCGAGAAAAUUGGGAAAGAAGAAGCUGAAGAGCGUAAAAAGGUCAUGAAGGAUCCAAAAUCAGUUGUGCCAGCAGCCUUUGUUUCGUUUCGCUCCCGAUGGGGUGCAGCAGUCUGUGCUCAGACCCAACAAACCAGCAAUCCAACAGUCUGGUUGACAGAAUGGGCUCCGGAACCUCGUGAUGUUUAUUGGAAUAAUCUGUCCAUCCCAUUCGUGUCCCUUACAGUUAGGAGGUUGAUAAUUGCUGUGGCAUUCUUCUUCCUUAACUUCUUUUACGUCAUCCCAAUAACACUCGUACAGUCUCUUGCAAACCUUGAAGGAAUAGAGAAGGCACUUCCAUUUCUAAAACCCUUGAUUGAAUUCAUACCAAGGAUCAUUGGUGAUUCCAUCCCAAUGAAGGCGACUUUUUUCAUAACAUAUGUAAUGGUUGAUGGUUGGACUGGAAUAGCUGGUGAAAUAUUGAGACUGAAGCCGCUGAUAUUCUUCCAUCUGAAGAACUUGUUCUUGGUCAAAACUGAAAAGGACAGAGAAGAGGCAAUGGAUCCUGGCAGUAUCUGCUUUGACUCAACCGAACCUAGAAUACAGCUAUACUUCUUGCUUGGCCUUGUUUAUGCUGCGGUGACACCGUUCUUGCUUCCUUUCAUAUUGGUGUUCUUUGGGUUCGCAUAUGUCAUCUUCCGCCACCAGAUAAUAAAUGUCUACAAUCAGCAAUAUGAGAGCGCCGCGCAGUUCUGGCCUAUUGUUCAUGGGCGUAUAAUCACGGCGUUGAUUGUAUCACAACUGCUGCUCCUGGGACUGAUGAGCACAAACGACUUCGAGCAGUCGACGCCUGUGCUCCUUGUUCUUCCAGUGCUGACCAUUUGGUUUUACAAGUACUGCAAGAACCGGUUUGAGCCAGCGUUUGUGAGGAACCCACUGCAGGUAUUUCACCGUGGCAUAUACUACAUUGAUGGUGGAGGCGAUGAAGACACCCUGGAACGCGCCCGGGAGCCCAACUUCGACCUGAAGGCGUACCUGGCCAACUCGUACCUGCACCCGGUGUUCAAGGGGGACGAAGACGACGACAGGUACUCGGUGGUGGACGACGACGGGUGGAUGGGGGAGGAGGUGAUCGUGCCGACGAAGCGGCAUUCGAGGAGGACAACGCCCGCGCAGAGCAAGCACGAAGGAUCGGACUCGCUCUCUGUGCCCGAGAGUGCUCUACAGAGAUAG